AUGCAAUCAUCCAGAGUUCUAUGUAGUCCUUUCAUCCAAUCAGUAGAACUUUCUUCCAUUUCUUGUGAUUAUUCCUUAAAGUAGAAAGCACUGGCAAGUUAUCACUAGUAAGUACAGAUCAGCUGGUGAGGAUAAGCAGAACACUAUGGAGACCAACAACUCAAGCAAAAUGAACCAGACAUAUACUGAUUAUGAUAAUGUCUACAAAAAUGUUUCUCAGGAUAGUUUUAAUGAGUUGUGGAAUUUUACGAGAGUGAGUUCUCUGGUCUUCUUCUACCUGACCUUGAUCCUCGGUGUUCCUGGAAAUGCAUUUGUCGUGUAUGUUGCUGGAUUGAAGAUGAAGAGGACUGUUAAUACAGUAUGGUUUCUCAAUCUAGGGAUUGCUGACCUCUUGUGCUGCCUUUCCACUCUUUUCAAUGUGACUAAGAGUUUUGUUGAUAAUCCCUGGCCAUACGGAUCCAUAAUGUGCAAGAUUCUACCCUUCAUUAUGCUCAUCACCAUGCUUUCCAGCGUUUUCACACUGAGCUUGAUUAGUCUGGAUCGGUUUACUCGGGUGAUCACGCCGGUUUGGGCUCAGAAUCAUCGCAACUUGUUCAUCGCACGACUGUCCUGUGCAAUGGCUUGGAUUCUGGCUUUAAUUCUUAGUCUGCCUUUUAUGAUUUUAAGAAAGACUUACACAGAAAAUAAUAAAACACGCUGCCUGUAUCAACCUGAUGAUGACAAUUAUAAAUUGUAUGGAAGGUUAACCAUCAUCAGAUUUGUGUUUGGCUUUUUGGUUCCUCUCAUAUGCAUCACAACAUGUUACGGAUUCAUCGCACACAAGUUAGGCAGGAGUCAUUUUCACUCUGGACGAUCAUUUCGCAUCAUGUUGGCUGUAAUCGUGGCCUUUUUUCUGUGCUGGUUGCCGUUUCACAUAGUGAGUUUGAUAAUCAUGUAUGGAGAGAAAUCCAGUUCAUUGGUUGGUUUGGAAGUGUUUCCGUUGUCCAUCUCUUUGGCGUAUUUCAACAGCUGUCUGAACCCCAUUCUGUAUGUUUUCAUGGGGCAGGAUUUUAAGAGCAGUGUUAAACUUUCUCUAAGACGUGUUUUUGAAAGAGUUUUCUCUGAGGAGUGAACACAAGCAUCACGAUCCACACAGCCACAACACACACACUCAGUGUAGUGAAGACAUCAGCUCAUUUAUACUAUAUGUACUGUACGUGAGUUUUCUGAUUUAUUUUUAUUACUUUUCCAAUAAUGUUGUUCUAAUUAUUUCUUUUUGAAGUUCAUCAACUUGAAGUCAGCAAGUAAUCUAACUCUUAUUCAUCAUUCCUGUUUGUUUCUCUCUGUAUUGUUGAUGUAUUUUCAGUGAUUAGUGAAUUGUGAACUAUCGUCAAAACUUUAAACAUCACAAUGAUGGAAUACUGAUGCUUGAUAAUUUUUUUUUUUGGUUGCUAUCAGCUUAGAAAAAGCUUGUAAUAUUACACUAAUAAUGACAUGUGGUUUCUAUGUUGAAUUCAUGAAGAAAAAUGUAAAAUUAAAUUUGAAAGUUGCAAUUGUGAAUAUAAAAAAAUAUAUAUUUACCCUUCCUUAUCUCAGUGAUUUAGUCAUUUUGGUGUUUUUCUACUUUCAGUUCAGAUCAUCUUAGAUUUUUUUAUUAUUAUCAUUUAAAAUGAGGACACAAAUGCAUGCCAAAUGCAUUAUCAUAAAGGCAAAUACAAAUAAAAUUGUUUUCUUAUAACACAUUUUGUACUAUAAAGUGCUAUAAAAGUGACCUGAUUCUGGAUCAGUGUGAGCAGUAUUAAUUCUGCAAGUCUUUUGUUGUAUAAAUAGUGUGAGUAGUUUAUUCAUAUUCUUAUUAUUGAGCUUGCGAAGUCUAAACAACUGAGAACCUACAUGUGUUUGACCCAUGUGGUGCAAAGGAUUUAUGACAUUAUGUCUCAUAUGAUGGCAAAAGAGCAAACUAUUAGGCUAUUAUUAAUGAGUGAAAUGUCAGAAAACAGUUGAACAGAAAGUGAGCAACUAUGACAAUUUAUGAAUAGUGUCUUUCUCAGUUGUACAUACAACUGUCUACUGUUAUAUAUCUGUACAUACAAUUGUCAUUUUGU